CACUUCAAAUCACUCCAUCCAAACAUAGCCUAACUCUAGCAUCGGCGGCUGUAAUUUAGCAGCGGUGGCCGGUGAUAUCUAUAGUUGUUUCAAUUCCAUCAGAGAGAGAGAGGAGUGGGAAUCGCAACGAACGAUCGAACAAUGAAAGUAGCUCCGAAGCUCAUAUUCCUUUUCAAAGACGCCGAUGGCUUCGGCACCUCUAUCUCAGACUCUCUUCAACCUAACCCUAACUCAACAACUCUUCGAAGAUUAGAAGACUCUUUCCAACUGUCUCUGGAGCGCUACGGCAUCAGAGAUCGCAAAGCGUCCGGCAACAUCGUUCACUUUGUAGAUCACGAUGGCCAUUAUCAGGUGACACUGCUACUAAUGCAAAAUUAUGAGCCUCCAGUCUUGGUAUGUGCUAUCAGUGAAGUUCUGGCAUCAAUAAAUGGAGAAAGUUCAUCAAUCGUACCCACAGUUGUGCUCCCAAUUAUUGUGGCAACACCUAAUCUUAAGCUGGAAAGGAAAUACUCUACAAGAAGUGACAAAGUUUCACUUUAUGGUGUGCAAAUAGGUCCAGAAACAGAUAUUACUCGGGACAUGGUUGCCAAAACUCAAAAGCCACCAUCUUCGUUGCAGAUUCAUCAUGAGCCCCUGGCAUGCUUUCUUCAGUUGGUCCGUGUCUUGAAGCUGCCUACAUUUGUUCUCAUUGGGCAGAGUGGUCAACACAAAUUUGAAAAAGAUUUAGGAGAGGAACUUGAGAUGAUCUAUCAGAUUGGAGAGCUAUUGACAAGCAUCUCUUCCUUGUGCUUUUUGAGAGAGAGGAUAACAUGGAAUCCUACCAAGACAUCAAAGGAGGUUGAGGAGCCAUGGCGUGCACUGUAUGGUUGAAUUUCAGCUGUUUGGGGCCAUUAAACACUCGUAUGUGAACAUUUGGUUGAUGCAUUGGGUAAUCUUUAGGGUUCCCCUAACUUUCUUGGCAGAUUUAAAGAAAAGCACGAUGCUUAAGCGCAAAUCACUUUACUUACUUUGAUGAUCAUUGUCCAAUAUAAAAGACAAACACUGCUCGUACUUUGCUUCAGCUUUUCUGAUGAGAGACUUUGUAUUUCAUUUUUGGUGAAAUGCCUGUUUUCCUGUAGGUAUUUUUGUGGAGACUCAUUUCUUUUUCUUUUUUUAGUAAGUAUAUUUUGGGAGACGUUCCCAGAUAUCAACUUAACUGGGCACAUUCUGGUGUUAAACCCACAAGAAUGUAACUUGCCCCAUGAAGCGGCGUGUGUUGGGCAUGCAUCAUCGGUUUCCUUUUCUCCUUUCAGUCAAACAUGCAUUUCUAUUUGAAUA